AUGGGUCCUUGCACAGCAGCAAUGACGUCAAUUUCACCCGCUUCAGCCGCAUUAACAGCGUCGAUGACGUCGAAUGCAUCUUCAGCAACCACUAGAUCAUGCAUGUUCGUCCGUAGCCGGUCAGAAACAGUGCACCGGAGAGCAUUAUUGUCACCAUUACCAUCAUUCUCUGCAAAGUUGCCUGUAACAGCGUAUGUUCCACGGAUAGUCAUCGCUUCCGCUGGAGUUUCAAGGUCUCGGGCUACUCGGCUAAAUGCAGGCCGCUCAGUACACUACGAAACAGCCAACACUUACGUUUUUAUAGCGCCAGGCGAAGAGGAAGUGUUCCUAUCCCGCGAGAAAGUGCUACAGUGCCUUCUGAACGAGCUGCAAAGCUGGGAAAAGGACGGGAAACGCUUGUCGGACGACUUGGCAGUUUUUGAGACUCUGGCGGAAGCAGCAGAGUUUUUGCUCGACUCGGCUUGUGAAUUGGAGUUGGGUGGUGGGAAAGGUGCUUUGCAGUGGUUCGAAUCCACUAGCAGCAGGCUUACGCUAGCUUUCAUACUGGUAAGGUGUGCCUUUUACGUGGAUGACGUUAUUUUCACUCCUGGACUCCCCCUUGGCAUGCCUAGAAGUCGCUAUAAUUACAGCAGCAUUGAAGCAGACUUAUUCAUUUAUGAAAUAACAUCCUCCCGUGGGAGCAUCGUGAUGGCUCUUCGCGAUAACAGGAGAGGUGGUGACAGGGACGCGAUUGCGUCGCUGCUGAGUCGUCUCUCAUGCGACGCCCGCGAAUUCUCCUUCGGUGCGACGGGCGACAGCGACAGCGAUGACGAUGCUGGCGACAUUGUCGCCUCCACCCGCGAGAUUCGCGCGACCGCCGUUCCCAGAAUCGCUAUUUCGCCAGCAGCUGCGCGAUCGUAUGCUAAAACCGAAGCGAGAGCUAACGUGUACAGAGCAAGCACAACUCCUAGCUGUGGCUCUAGCGAUCCUCCCGUAGUUCUCUCCCCUCUCGAAUUCUACCGCGACUAUGUAGCGGCUAACCGGCCGUGCGUGAUUACCGGCGCCGUCAAUCAUUGGCCGGCAUUAUCCCUCUGGCAGACCGACCAAUACUUAGUCGACGCGCUAGGGGAGAAAAAAAUCACUGUGGAUUUCACUCCGGACGGUCACGGCGACGCGAUUGUUUGGCGCGACGGCGUCGGACGGUCAGAAGCAGGAUCGGCAGAACGGGGAGACGAGAAUCUGGGUUCAGGGCGUAACAGGAGGCAAGACGAGGGAGCUAGUACCGGAUAUGGCUGUAGGAGCGGUGACGAUAGCGAGGCACGGGGUGUGGGUGUAGUGGUGCUUGUGGCAGCACGUGCAGUGGUGGUGGUGACGGCAGCAGUUGUGACAGCAUUCCUCGGGCUUGCCGCUGUGACUCGCCCUCAUCAGAACGGCAGCUUCAGGACAGAAUUCGCCGCCCUGGCUGCAGAUGCAGAUGAGCAUAUCGGAUUCGCCACAGCUGCACUGGGCGGCAACCUGCCCGAAGCUGUAAAUUUAUGGAUCGGGGACGAGCGGGCAGUGACAAGCUGGCACAAGGACCACUACGAAAACUUCUACGUGGUUGUCACGGGCAGGAAAACUUUUCGGCUGCUGCCCCCGCUCGACGUGUUCCGGAUGAGAGUGCGGGAAUACCCUGCUGCGAAAUACUGGCGAGCAGAGGACGAGCAGGGUGCGUUCCGCAUUGUCCCCUCUGAUCCCCCAUGCAUGGUGCCAUGGGCCUCUGUGGAUGCCGCACUGAACCCCUUCAUACCGUGCCCACACGCCCUGAUUGCUGCUUCUGCUGGAAGAGGCUUGGGGGAUGACCCCAAGGGGCCCCCUCCGCUGGUUUGCACCAUUGGUCCUGGAGAGAUGCUGUACCUGCCAAGCAUGUGGUAUCACCAUGUCUCGCAGAGCCGUGGGGAAACCGGUCGAACAAUAGCUCUCAAUUACUGGUAUGACAUGCAAUUUGAUGUGAAGUAUGCAUACUUCAACCUCGUCCAGUCACUCACUCGUGCGUACAGAUUGUAA